AUUUCUCGCUAGAGAACCGCGAGCGAUCACAACGAACAGUUAAAUGCUGAAAUCGAUCACAUCAAGACGUGUACUGAGCGAAGCGGAAAUAGCUUUUAAAAACUAUCAAAAGAGCCAGUGACCGGUUCCGGUGAUACCAAAAUUCAAAGCAAGUUUCUGUUCGUGGCUAUCGUUGCCACACCAAAUCUUCUGAUACCGAAAACACCGGUAGCAAUUAAUAUCAAAACGUAGUUGUCGCUGCUGUUGUCGUCAUCGUUUGUCGCCGCACAGAGCGAGUUUGAGAGUUUGUGAUUGGGGAAAACCCCAAACAGAACUCGUGAACUUGCUGGAGUCAUCACAUCAGAAGCCCUCGUCGCUUUAGUUGAAAUCAAACCAGUCUGGUGAAGGUUGCUGCUCAGUCCAGUUUUCGCGAUGAUCCCGAGCGUUAAAGUGCUGCUUUUUCUAGUAAUUAGCCUAGUCGUUAUCAGUUCUCGUCAAGUUGAGUCUGCCCCACAAAACGUGAAGGACAAUUAUGGGCAGUUUUCGGAACCGGGCAUCAAAGUGAAGGAAUCAACUCAAGUACCUCGGAACAACAGUAAAGAUGAAAUUUUCGCCUACCCUGCUGAACCGUCGGCGAUCGAAUCUAAGCAGAACGCUAAUAAUCGAAAGCCAGUCUUCAUUCCGAAGGUGUGCCAAGACAAUGAAUUCUUGUACCCUGGGGAUCAAGAAAGCGAUUGGGUGUGUGACUGUAAACCGAGUAAGUAUUCGUCUAUUUAGCUGGAAGUUAAUGGGUAGUAGA